GGCGCCGGCGCUGCGCCGCCCCGGGGAGGGAGGCAGUGUGCGGCGGGGUGGGCUGGUGGACGUGGGCUGGAGGAUGGCCUCCCUGCCUCUGCGCCGUGAGGACGUGCAGAGAUGUCGCGGCGCUUCUCCCUUAAAAAUAUCACCCGUAAGACUUUUAAUCUGCUAAGAGGUGUUAGGGGUACAAAGAGGAAGAAGGUGACACAUCCCUGCCCUCAGCUGGAUUCAGUGAAGGGAUGAAGACAUGUUCAGAGUCUGACAGCAGGAGGGACAUGCUGUAAAAGAGAAAAUCCAUUCCUCGCUGCCAAAGAAUUAACAGAAUGCUUUCCAAUGAAUCCCUACCUUCACCUGCAUUCAGCCGCUCCAGCUCACAAGCCUCCGUAGACAGCGCCUCCAUGGAGGAUUUCUGGCGGGAGACAGAAAGUGUUAAAGAGAACAGCAUGAGAGGACAGGAAGGGCAGACGCCAGCUGAGGUCAAGCCUGUGGAUGAAGGAGAACUUGAAGCAGAGUGGUUGCAAGAUGUGGGUUUAUCAACCUUGAUCUCAGGUGAUGAAGAGGAGGAUGGGAAAGCCUUGCUCUCUACAUUGACUCGAACCCAAGCGGCUGCGGUGAAAAAGAGAUAUAACACUUACACUCAAACCAUGAGAAAAAAGAACAAGCAGUCUGUCAGGGAUGUCAGAGACGUCUUUGGAGUCAGCGAAUCUCCUCCAGAUGAUUUUUCUUGUAUCCCAACUCCUCUUUUGGAUGCGACCCUGGAUGAAGAAGGGAUAUCAGCAAUUCCCUGCAGAAAUGGUCAACUGCCAGGUGAUACCUGUGACAACUAUUCUUCUCACUUGGAUGGCACUCAGGAGGAAAAAGAGCUGCCAAGAAUUACCAAAACAGGUGGUUCCUUGCCGGAUGAUGCUUCUCUCAACAGUACUACUCUGUCACUUGGGUCCCAGGAUGAAGAAGGGAGCUUCGCAGUUCCCAGAUGUGGCUCCAUGUCUAUCCUUGAGACUAUUCCCGAUAUACCAGCUCAUUCCAAUGGAUCGGUGGAGCCUGGACGAUCAGUUCAGAAUGCAAUGAAUGAUGAUGAUUAUCUGGAAAAGAACAUUCCACCAGAAGGUGAAGAGCUAUCCUUUGAAGUAUCUUAUUCAGAAAUGGUUACAGAGGUGCCAAAAAGAAAUAAAUUUAAGAAGUCAGAUUUUAAGAAAGAAGACUAUGUUUUAACUAAAUUUAUUGUUCAGAAAACCAGAUUUGGCCUAACUGAAGCAGGAGAUCUGUCUACUGAAGACAUGAAGAAAAUCCGCCAUCUCUCUCUGAUUGAAUUGACGGCCUUUUUUGAUGCCUUUGGAAUUCAACUGAAAAGAAACAAAACAGAGAAAGUAAAAGGUCGAGACAAUGGGAUUUUUGGAGUUCCACUUACAGUCCUACUGGACAAUGACCGAAAGAAAGAGCCUGGAGUGAAAGUUCCCCUUGUGUUACAAAAAUUUUUUGAGAAAGUUGAGGAAUCGGGUCUGGAAUCUGAAGGAAUUUUUCGACUUUCAGGAUGUACUGCCAAAGUCAAGCAAUACCGUGAAGAACUGGAUGCCAAGUUUAAUGCUGAUAAAUUUAAAUGGGACAAAAUGUGCCAUAGAGAAGCUGCAGUAAUGUUGAAAGCAUUUUUCAGAGAACUACCCACCUCUCUCUUCCCUGUGGAAUAUAUACCUGCCUUCAUCACUCUAAUGGAAAGUGGGCCUCACGUCAAAGUGCAGUUUCAAGCCUUACACCUCAUGGUCAUGGCGCUGCCCGACGCCAACAGAGACACAGCCCAGGCCCUCAUGACGUUCUUCAAUAAAGUGAUUGCCAACGAAUCAAAAAACCGGAUGAGUAUGUGGAACAUUUCUACUGUAAUGGCGCCGAACCUUUUCUUCAGUAGAAGCAAACAUUCUGAUUAUGAAGAAUUACUGUUAGCAAACACCGCAGCCCACAUCAUCCGCCUAAUGCUUAAGUACCAGAAAAUUUUGUGGAAGGUUCCAUCUUUCUUGAUCACUCAAGUCAGAAGAAUGAAUGAAGCCACCAUGCUGUUAAAGAAGCAGCUCCCAAGUGUCAGAAAGCUGCUAAGGAGGAAGACUAUAGAACGAGAGGUUACAAGCCCCAAGACUUCAAAGGUACUACAAAAAUCACCCUCUUCGAGAAGAAUGUCUGAUGUGCCGGAAGGAGUCAUAAGGGUCCAUGCUCCACUUCUCUCGAAGGUGUCGAUGGCCAUUCAACUCAAUAGUCAAACCAAAGCCAAAGACAUACUCGCAAAAUUUCAAUAUGAGAACAGUCACAGUUCAUCAGAGUGCAUUAAGAUUCAGAACCAAAGGUUAUAUGAAAUUGGAGGAAAUAUAGGACAGCAUUGCUUGGAUCCAGAUGCUUAUAUAUUGGAUGUAUAUCAUGUAAAUCCUCAAGCAGAAUGGGUGAUUAAACCCCAACCAAUUUUUUGAAAUACCCCCCAAGAUGGCAGCUAUCAUGUAUUAUAUGCCAAGAUCCUACAUUUGGUAGGGAAAAAAAACAAGACUGCUUUUGACAUGUUUGUUCCUAUAACUCUCUUGGUGUUUCUUGGCCCAAGUGAUGUCUCCCAGCAUUGUCAGCAUGAAGUAUGGAAGAGGAGUGGGUUGAUCAUUUGAGCUGAAGUUUCCUCAGGAUGGUUCCCUGAUAAGAGUGAAAGAAAGGGGAUGUCAACUUGAAUCAUUUCUAGUACUUUGACUUCACAGCAGAAAUGAACUUGUCCUAUACCUGGGGAUAAGAAAUACUUCUUUAUGUAGCAAAUGCUACCAAACGGAAGAGAUGGAAAAGACUCUUUUUUUAUACUUAUGUUAUAUACAUAUAUAUAUUAACCUUUUUGAGCAAGAAUGCCAGAAAUAUCAAUAAUUUCUGCCCUGCAAAAUAAUUCAACUCUACUUUCCAAAGGGAAUCAGUUUCUAAAGUUACACAUACAGUAUUUAUGCUCUGACUUGCUCCUGAAUCGCAGGAGGAGGAACUUUUGUUUAAAGAACACUGUGUUGUUAUGUAUGUCGUACUGUAUUAUGACUAUCAGCAUUCUGGUGCAAACGAACAUUUCUCAUCAUGGAUUAUUGAAAAUUGAUAUUUUUUAAACCUUAUUCUCUUAUGAUUACAGGUCCCCAUAGCAAAGGUUAGUUUGACAAAGGGCGUUCUUAGGCUUUCGUAACCUUCUGUGUAGUUAAUAGUCACAGAGCCUCUAUUUUCUCAUCGUGAUUAUGGUGCUCAAGAAAUAGGUUUCCAUGUGCCGGGCACAGAUUUCCUUUCCUGACCAAACAUAUCAUUUUUUAUAUUUCACAACUAUAGACAGUUACUUCUGCAGCCUCAACUUAAAAAUACAGAACUGUGUUUAUCCAACUGCUCUUUAUCCAAGAGUGCUGAAAAAUACUAUUAUAUCCAGAUUUUACAUGGUAUAAAAGCAGAUUUUGUUUCUGUUCAUCAAUCAUAGAUGUGGCUAACCACUGUGGAUUAGCAUCAGGCAUAUUUGGUAAGUGGGAAACUGUAUCACUAUCAAGAUCUUGAGGACCGUUUUCCAGACUUGCAAUUGGCCAGAACACACAGUUCUCCGCAAUUUUAAUUGAAAGCAAAUCUAAAAUGUGCUGAGGGGUCAGACGGCUCUGCCUUUUGUCUUGAGACUACAGAUACAGUCCUUCUAGGGUUAGCUAGAAAUGAGAACAGAGGUCUCAUUUAUCCCACAUGUGUGCUUUGGAUUAGAAUCCACAGAUUGAGAUUUUGAUGAAUUUAUAUCACAUGAGAUCUAAUGCCCAAAUGACUCUUUUGCAAUUCAGACAAUUCAAACAACAGACAGAGUUGCUCACAAGUGCAGAAAACAUAAUGAGAUAAUAAUUUAAACCCAUAUAUAGAAGAAAUAUUUUGUAUUCUGCAUUAUGCCUUGAUGUCUAUAAAAACACUACUUAAAUUCAACAUGUAGAUAAUUGUGUUUCUGGCCAUUAGGAUUUUGUUAUAUUUUUACAGAAAAUUCAGAUAUCCAUUUGUUUUAUUGUUUGAGAAUUUUCAUUUCCUUUGCCUGAAAACCCUUUAGAAGAUAAAUAUGUGCUCUAAGGUUUAUAUUUAUUCCUACAUUUCAUUAGUUUUCAAUAUAUGGCUAAUUGAUGGCACAUGAGUUUACAUAAUGAAUUUCAAGAGUCUGAAAAAAAAUGCUUUUAUCCUUUUUGCAAUUCGAACAAUAGGAGUAAACAUUUUAUGUUAUGUAGUUGCUAAGUUCCAGGACAUAAGAUGGCAAUAAUUUAUGCCUACACACAUGGAAGAAAUUCUUCAAAUUAGCUACCUUACACUUCUAUGUAUGUAUGAAAACGACGACUGAUUUUUGUCAUUGUAUUUCCUCUCAUUUAGAUAGUUAAAUUCUAUUGUGUUUCUAUAGGAAACUCACAGAUCUGUGCAUUUAAUGUUUUAUUCAGGCACUCUCAUUUCUUGUGUGUAGAACGUGUACAUGAGUUCCACAUGUUUUAAGAUUUGCUCCACUUGUCAUUAAUUUUAAACAAAUGUCUAACAGGUGACAAGUAAAAAUAAGUUUCUGAAUUUCUUAUCCACUUUGUGGUUUUAGAUGUCAAAAACUUAGCUGAAUUAAUAACUUUAAAUUAAUCACUGCAAUGUAUUCAAGGAUGUGUGACAACUUUCCAAUUACUACACAGUAUGGAAGGCCAUGUCAAUACCAGUAUAUCGGAUAUUACUUUUAUUCUUAGUCAUAGAGUCAACUAAUUGAUUAGAGAAGAAUGUUCAGUAGACACACAGACUAAUUUUUGUGUAAAGAGAUUCUUUUUACUAAUUUCAUUGGUAAAGAAAAAACAAACCCCUACAAUUAAAAUUCACAAAUACCUGUCAACUAAGUAUUGAAAAAACUAUCUUUGCCUUAGCAAGAGUUGUUUUAAAAUAGUUACAGUAAUCAGUAAAAAUGAAUAGUAUAUUUGCAAACAGAAAAAGAGUCAGAUACUGGGCUUCUAAAUUCUAUUCUUAAUAGCUUCCCGCCUCACCUCUUCCCAAAGUGUUCUUGGUGUACAGUUAGGAAAAUAAUAUCCAGGAAAGCAUUAGAGAAAGUUCACAUUUUAGGAACAUUUAUUCAGAAAAAAAACCCUGGAACUGGCUCAUUUUUUUUCUCCAUUCUGCAAAAGAGGAUCCCUUUGUUAAGCAGCUCACUUGGGAAUAUGACUUUUGGAGUCAAUGAUCUUCAAAACUGGAAUAUUAAUUUCUUUACAAUGUAUAUACAGUAUAAACUACCUCACUUGCCUUUCUUGGGAAAAAAAUUAAUGGACUUUAACAAUUUUUGUUACAAACUGUCCCUCAGUCUUAUUAUUUAAGUCACUCCAUUUAGCUUUCAAUGUACAUUUAAUAAUAUACAUUUAAUGAUGUAAAAUAUUUUUAGCAAAAGCUUUAAAGCCAAAAAUACUCUGUACCUGUGAUCUGUGGUAUACCCUGAGAGAAUUCCUGUCCUUUAGUCAUUGUCUUGUGUGUUUACCAUGUGGAGAUGCAGGUUUUCAAGUGGAGGAAUUACUGUUCAUCUCUUCUCUCAGGCAUUUUUCAACUGCUUUUCCGUAUUGUACUUGACUAGAAAGUAACAUGAGAUUAAAAUGUCCCUUCUUUCUAUCAAGCAUAUUUCAGCUGUUUUUCACAAAUGUAUUACAUGCCUGAAGAGAAUAUAUAUUAUAGGAUUGAAUAAUUCCUAGUUUCUGACAAGCAUUUUCAACUCUUUUCCAUAAAUAUGUCACUUAAUGAAAAAUAAUAUGACAUAGAUUAAAAUUUUUCAAGCAUUGCCAACAGUUUUACACACACACCCCUCUUAAUUUAAAAAGAAUAUCUUUCAGGCAUUUUCCAACUAUUUUCUAAAACUAAGUGAUUUGAUUGAAAAGUCUUGUAAUGUCAUGAAAAAUGCCAUGUUUUAUGUUAUCUCCUAUCUCAAAAGUUAGUAUUGAUUCUUUUGUCCCAUCAGCUUUCAUUGUUAAGUAUAAUAUGUAUGUUGCAUUUUAUCCAUAAAAAUAAAGAGGAAAAAAA